UGAUAAGUUGUUAAUUGAGCACUGUAGUGUAUAGAUGAUACGAAUGUACGAAUGUUUUUUUUCGAUCGCGGCUAACGGUUGAAUGUAUUUGGUAUCCGGUCAUAGAACCUAAAAUUUACGUACGAUACAAUAUCGCAGGAAGAGAGUGGAUAUGACCUGGUCGAUAGAGGAAGAAAUGCAUGCGAUCGUAAACGAGGGUGCAUUUGGAAAGAAUCGUACCUUGGUAUCGUUCAAAGUGUACAAUAGCAUACCAGACCUGGACGAAUGGAAAUACACGACGAUUGUCGGGACCGUCAUCACAUCCGAUGGUUUGCAUUACCCCGUUAUGAUCAGGUUAAAGAUUCAAGAUCAGAUGCUGCGCGAUUGUUGGCAAAGCGAUAAAUUGUUUCAUAACGAGUUGAUCAUGUACGAGGAAAUCAUACCAUUUCUAUUAGAAUGUCGUGGUCCGACGGUUAGUGAUACGAAUGCGUUAUCGUUUUCGCUCUUCUUUUACGGCCGCAAUAAAUGCGGUGAAUUCGCAGAGAAAGAUUUUAUAGUGUUUGAGAACGUCUAUAACUUAGGAUACCGUUUUAACGAAGAACGACUGUUCCUUGAUAAUGAACAUGUAACUAUCGCACUUCGAGCCAUCGCAAAGUUCCACGGGCUAUCGUACACGGCAAAAAGCAAGAACCCCACGAGGUUCCGGCAGAUCAUCGCGGACAUCCGGGACCCGCAAAGCGACGAGCGCGGACACUGGAUGGUGCAGCACGACUGGCUGAAGAAGCUCGGCAAACGCGCGGUGGACAGGCUGCUGGCGCGCCACGGCGGCGACCGGUACCGCGAACACGAGGGCGUGCGGCUGUUCAACCGCGUGGUCGCGGACGGCGCGAACACGCUGCGCCGGUCACUGGCCGUCACGGAACCGCUGUCGGUGCUGUGCCACGGUGCGUACUGCCGGAACAGCGUGAUGUUCCAGUAUGACGAGUGCGGGCGGCCGUUCGACGUGCUGAUCAUCGAUUUCUUCACGCCCGUCCACGGGUCGCCCGCGCUCGAUCUGGCCGUGUUCCUGUACAUGAACACCACGCGGCCGCAACGGGACGCCCGUUGGUCCCAUUACCUGGACGCGUACUGCGCUUCGUUGGCCGCGGCUGUGCCGCGCGGCGUCCGCGUGCCAGACCGUACGGAGCUAGACGCCGAAAUGGCCACUACCGCGAUCUAUGGGUUCGCGUGGGCGUCGAUGUGUAUGCCGUACGUGUUGCGUGACGACAGCGACAUGCCGGACGCGGCGUUAGUCAGCGACGACCCGGUGGACUACUUUCUGGCGCUGGGUGGUGACACGGGCACCGAGCUGCUGGCCGACAUCGUCCAGCAUCUAAUCGACAUGCGGUACCUUACCUAUCCGAUGAACCCGACGUAACCGAUCCGGUGGUACGGGGGCUGUGGCCGUGGACGAAGGAUCUGUUCGAACGUGGACCGGUUUGAAAACUAAGCAGACUAUGUGCGUUCGGUUACGAGUCAAAUGUUCGGUCAAUUUCAGGAUUGGAUUGGUAGGGUACGAGGACUACGCCGUUCGAUGAGUUUUCGAGGAAAACCUUUGAUAACUCAUGAUAGUUACAUAUAUUUUUUAGCGUAUAAGUUAAGAUCAGAAUCUGGAUUAUCAUGUUGGCGAUGUUGUUUAAUUAUUUGUCAAGUAAUUACAUAUAUAUAUAUAUAUAAAUAAAAGUGAAGAAAUAGUAGCCGAUGAAUUACACAAAAAUGUAUAGAAUCAUUUGCUAUCACUAGACUUAGGGACAUCUAGCAAUUGCAUACUUUUUAAAUUAUUGUUAAAUAUAGAAGAGUGCGAAAUA